AUGUCCGCAGUAACGGCCAGACGAUGGCUCCUCCGUCCGAAAGUUACACAUCUCCCGCCCUCCACCAUCACCAGCCAAUCCCGCAACAUGAACUGGUUUGGCUGGAGUAAAAAGCGUGAGGGGGCUCAAUCAAAACCGGCCGUCAACUCCAUCAGCGAACUUCUGAAGCAAUCACCGAAAACCAAAGCUGCAGCUGGAACCUAUGGCGGCCAGCGCGGUGGCCUCGCGGGAUCCUCCAUCUUCGGCGAUGGGUCUACCGAGGUCGCUGCUAGGGAGUCGGACAUGGGCGCCUUCUCGACCGUUCACAUCCGUGACCCGAAUCGUGAGCAUUGGGCGUGGCCGAAGCGAGCCACGGCCAGGGAGAUACGACGUCGUGGGCGAUUGACGAAGAGGGAAAUGCUACUACGGACGGAGAAGGAACACUUGGCCAAGUCGCAUAUGUUCAAGACUUCCGUGAAGAAGUUGGCACCGAUCGCUCGGCAGAUUCAGGGGAAGAAGAUUGAAGAUGCAAUUAUUCAAAUGAGAUUUUCGGCGAAGAAGGCCGCUAGGGAUGUUCUCGGGCAUUUGUAUGCUGCUAGGAACGAGUCCGUGGUUAGGAGGAGGAUGGAUCCGCAGCAGACGUAUAUUGAGCAGGCAUGGGUUGGGAGGGGGACGUUUGGACGGGAUCAGAAUCACAGGGCGCGUGGCAGGAUUGAUAUGCUUAGACUACCAUACACCAGUUUGUUUGCCCCGCUCGGCUCUAAAGCUUUCUUGUGAAUCAGGCGCUGACUGGGGGGAUUUUCUUCUUCAGGCAUUACUGUGGUUCUGAAGGAGCAGAUUACGAGAGAUAGGAUUGCGAAGGAGAAGAAAGAGAAGAGGUUACGGAAGAAGCCUUGGGAACAAUUACCUAGCAGGCCACUUGUCGGUCAGACACAGUACUAUAGAUGGUAGUAUCUGGCUCAACGUGUGGCAUUAUAUCUUCCAGCAUGACCGUACAAUGUAAUCAUAGACCAGUGUAAAAAAUAUUUAUAGCAUUACAAUAGCGGACGGGUUGUAGAAUCCUAGCCUUUGU